GCUAGAGAGGGCCACGCUCUGUGUUGUGGGAACUCAUUUCUACAGGACAACUGUUCCCUCCCUCCCAAGGUACACAGAUUUCAGCUUGAAAGCAGCCUUACCGCCCUGUUCAGCGUUCCAGCUGGAUACAACUUGGGAGGACCAUGGCAACCUACGCUCUUCAAAUGGCUGCACUGGUGCUUGGUGGUGUUGGCAUGGUGGGCACCGUGGCUGUGACUAUCAUGCCUCAGUGGAGAGUGUCUGCCUUCAUCGAAAGUAACAUUGUGGUUUUUGAGAACCGCUGGGAAGGCUUGUGGAUGAACUGCAUGAGGCAUGCCAACAUCAGAAUGCAGUGCAAAGUCUACGACUCUCUGCUGGCUCUUAGUCCAGACCUCCAGGCAUCCAGAGGACUGAUGUGUGCUGCGUCCGUCCUGUCGUUCUUGGCUUUCAUGACAGCCAUCCUCGGAAUGAAGUGCACCAGGUGCACCGGGGAGGAUGAGAACGUGAAGAGCCGCAUCUUGCUGACAGCCGGAAUCAUCUUCCUCAUCACCGGAUUGGUAGUGCUCAUCCCUGUCAGCUGGGUUGCCAAUUCUAUCAUCAGAGACUUCUACAACCCACUGGUGGAUGUGGCUCUAAAGCGCGAGCUGGGAGAAGCCCUCUACAUAGGCUGGACCACAGCGCUGGUGCUGAUCGCUGGAGGAGCACUGUUCUGUUGUGUGUUUUGUUGUACUGAAAGGAGCAGCAGUUACAGGUACUCUGUACCAUCUCAUCGCACCACUCAAAGGAGUUUCCAUGCCGAAAAGAGAUCUCCGAGCAUAUACUCCAAAAGUCAGUAUGUGUAGUUCUGUGUAUAUAUUAACUGUAGCUAUAAAGCUAAGCUUUAUAAAUCACCGAACCAGUCACUAUUUUAGAGAAAUGGACCCCACAGUAUAUCCAUUUACCUUUUCUUAACUGCAUAGCACUCAUUAGAGGAAAUAUGCAGCGUCUAUAAUUCCAUAAGUGGUUUUAGCAGAAUGAGGUAUUAAGCGCACUGCUUCUUCGACUGUUCUAGAAAGCCUAGCCAUUUGUUUUCUAAAAUGGUGCACGCAGCUCUUCCUUUUAUCAGUCACUCUAAAACGGCCCGUUGAAAGACUGUUCGUUUAGGCUGUGAUUUCUCUGUGUCAUGGUAUUAUACAAGUAGAUGCGGGUGGCAGUUAUAUCUCAUGCAAAUAGAGACAGGCUUAUGUGGUUCUAUUUAAAGUGGAAUGCCAAUCCAUCACACUGAAUAAAUAGAACUCAGCAACUGCAUUUCAGGGGACCUGGGGAUAAAAGGGAAGAAGGCUGAUAUUAAUUGCCUAAAAACAGCUUAUGGAUUAGUGCACUCUAUUUAUAGUGAAGGUUAAAAUGAAGGCUUUAAUCAUUAGUGUAAGAGAAACUGAAUGGCUUUCUGAUAUCCUGCUUUGCAGCCUGGAGGAGUUAGAAAUUCUGUCACCUUUAUCUUCUCCCUCCACACGCCUUCAUUUUUUGUUGCUUAGUAUCUUUUAAAGUUUAAAGCAGAUAUUUUGGCAAAAUAUCUUUUUCUUCAGACUACUUUUGUAAGACUGUGCUAACAAGAGAGAUUAAGCAGUGGUCUUAGAAAAAUCAACAAUUUCAGAAAAAUGUAUUUACCUUAGCCUUUAUGUUUAUGGAAGAAUGUAUUGUUUUCGAAAUCAAGUCACAUCAUAGCAGGCACUGUUCAAGUGCCAUUUGUGCACGGCUUUUGGGGAAUCUAUCAGUAUAAAUGAGGGAAGAAAAAGAAUGUUUUGAUUGUCAUUUGCUUACCCCAAAGAGGUACAACUCUUCUAACUCCAAAAACUUGUUUCUUUUCCAACUCCUGCCAUUCGAUCAAACUUGUCAUUUCUGAUCUGUUGAAGGGAUUUCUCCAGUUUCUAUGUCUUUGCUAAGUUUUAGGGAAGUGUGCUAUCACGGUGUGUUUCCUCCUAAUUUGAGACAACUGUUAAUCUAAUACUAAAUUUUAUAUAUAUGACUUUUAUGUUGAUAAGUUGUAUCUUUUAUAAGAAUAUAGCAUUACAUUUCUUACAUUUAUAUUCUAGUUUAUUACUUUGUGCAAGUGUGUAAAACUUGCAUAGAUUUUGUGUUUGUUUUUGAGUGUAGUGUAAUAUGUAAAAUCAAUUUACUUAUAAUGACCUCACAUAUGCACUAAUAUUUGAUUAAUAUAUUAAUAAUAUUAAGUUGUACUUAGGUCCAAAUGGAGUGUCUUUGUUGUAAAUAUUGUGUAUGUAAUCAUGUUUUAAAAAGUUGUCCAUAUGAUUUCAACUUCUUAGAAUUCAUAUGAAUUAAAAACAAUGCUGAAUGAUUUCAGACUAUAUAUCAUAUUUGUGUGCAAUAUAUGAUUAAACCUUUGAAAUACUAA